AUGGCAAGACCCUCUGAUACAGCUGGCACUGAACCAGCUGGAAUAACCCCAAGUCUGAAUACGGAAGAACUGAAUCGACGUGACUCCAUUGUGUUUAGCAACCAUGGGGAACUUGACUACAUCAGCUUGAAUGAAUUUCGCAGACGAAUGAUUGCUGAUCCAGAAGCCUUAUUCGAAGACAUUCGGUCUAGAUACUGGGAUUAUGAAGAAACAAUUGAAGAUCAGAAGGUCCAGAUUGCAGAGGCCACUGUAAAGAAGCAGGAGGUUGCUGCUGAUCUGAUCUUGUCACAGCAGGAAGUUCAGUGUCUACAGAAGGAGUUGAAUCAAGCUAUAGCGGAAUGA